CCCAGAAAGCCAAGAGGGCGCUUUGACAGGCGCUUGUAACAUGCGCCUGUUGGGAGGGCAAGCAGGAUGGGCCCUCCAAUGGCGGACUUUGGGGACACCCUUCCUGCUUCUGCAGAGGAGAGCUUUCGGCGCGUCCCAUUGUGCCGUGUCCAGAAUCAGAAGCUGUGCCUGGCGGUGGACUUGAAAGCGCAAACUCUUGAAGGGUACACUGAGCUCGACGUCUUCUCCCCCCCUGCGGACGCCCCUCGCAUCCUGGGCCUCCAUGCCAACGGCCUCCAAAUCUCCAGGAUCUUCGUGGAAGGCGCCCCCGCGAAGUUUCAGCAACUCGCUCCCCCCGCUGGCCAGACUCGGGUGCGGUCUCUGCAGCAGGUGUAUGCAGCAACCAAAGAGGAUAAUCCAAACAACGCAGGCGAGAAGGUUUACAGGGACUAUGUCCGGUUGUUGCAAGAGGAAUCUGAGCCUGAGCUGCUCAUUCACCUCCCAGAGGUGUUGCAAGAAGCGGGGGCAAGCCAUGAGCCAAUCGUGGGGGUUACGUCUGACGGUUUUGGUGCAAAUGGGGCGCAAGUGGAAGCCACUGGGGGGCCUGGAAGGGAGGGGCACCCGAAUGGGGGGGUGGAAAACGGGGCGGACUUGAAGGGGGUGGAAAACGGGGCAGUGGGAAUUGGACAGACUGGGGAAACGAAGGAGAAGGGGCAUGAAAGAGAAGCAGGGACAGCUGAGAAUGGAUUGGCGCUUGUUGAAGGUUCAGGUGGGCGGAGGACUGAGCCAGUGGAAGUGGAGAAGGGAGACGAGGGGAAAGAGGAGCCUAGCGGAAAAGAGACUGGGACACCGGAGAAAGGGACGCCGGAGAAAGGGACACCGGAGAAAGGAGAGCCCUCUGGGGGGAGAAACAGGAGUGACGAGAAGGAGAAGAAAGGGAGUGCCAGGAAGGGGAGCGCCAAAGAUGGGAAGGAGAUCGAGGCCAAAGAUGAGACGAGCACAACGCUGCUUCGAGUGCGCAUCGGGUUCCGGGUGAAGCAUGCGCGUGCUGGAGUGAACUUCCAGGGUGACGUCAUGCAUACAAACAACCAGCUCCGGAGGGCGCGGUGCUGGUUCCCCUGUGCGGACACUUCCGAACAUCCCCACAGCUUCGACCUGGAAUACACUGUGGACGCGCAACUGAUGGCGAUCAGCAGCGGGGAGCUCUUGUAUCAGGCGUUCACGAGCGCGGCGGAGCAGCGCAAGGUGUGGGCGUACCGGGUAGCUGCCCCGACCACCCCGGGCCUGAUCUCGCUGGCGGUGGGCCCCUUCGUGGUGCUCCCGGACGUUCAGGCCCCGGCCAUCACGCACGUCUGCAUGCCGGGGCACCUCAAGAAGCUGCGCCAAACCGUGCACUUUCUGCACACCGCUUUCAGCACGUACGAGGAGUACCUGGACCUGCCGUUCCCCUUCAGUUCGUACGUGCAAGUGUUUCUGGACUCAGAAGCGGCGUACGAAACCGCCACCAUGGGCCUCUCCACGGCCCUGCUCAGCGCACACCUCCUGGUGGACGACCGCAUUAUUGAUCAGACGUCAGCGACCCGCAUCAAGCUGGCCUCCCUCCUGGCCCGCCAAUGGUUCGGCGCCUUCAUCACAGCCGACUCGUCAGCGGACGUGUGGCUGAUCGACGGCCUGGCGGCCCUCCUGACGGACGUCUUUGUGCGGCGCCACCUGGGCAACAACGAGCUCCGCUACCGCCGCUACAAGGAGUAUGAGGCGGUGUGCCUCGCUGACGUUGACGGCGCUGCUCCGCUGAGCAUUCCAGAUUUGGACGAAUCCGAGAAGGCAGCCGGCCCGGCCGUCCAACUGGAGGAGCUCGAGAGGAGCAGCGUUCGGACUUGGAAGGCGAAGGCCGUGCUGGCAAUGCUGGAAAAGCAGGUCGGGCCGGACGGCUUCAAAAAGUGCAUCCAGGAGCUGGUGACCCAGGCCAGGGACGGGCGCCGGCCAGGGCGAGCUGUCACCACUCGAGACUUCCAGGCCAUUUUGCGGAAGGUCGGCGGCCAGGACAAGCGCGCGCUCAAAGAGUUCUUUGCGCGAUGGGUCAAGUCUCCCGGCUGUCCACGCAUCAGUGUCGCCUUCAAUUACAUCCGGCGACGCAACUUGCUGGAGGUGGCUCUCGUGCGGACUGCCACCGCUUCCGCCGAUCCCGCCGUACUGGCUGCAUCCAGUGGCGCAAAGUCCAGCGACUUGAGCGACAUCAACCCCGAAAGCGGCUGGCCAGGGUCGCUGCCCAUCCGCGUGCAGGAGCUGGACGGCAGCUUCGACCACCUGGUGGCGCUGUCGGGCGACCCAUUUGACAAGGCGGAGCUGCAGUGCCACUCCAAGCUGACGGCCGCCAAGAAGCUCAUCGCCAAGGAGGGCAAACCCACCAAGCGCAAAGGGAAGUACGGUCAGAAGAAGAAGGGGGCGCCCGCAGAAAUUGAGGAAGACGGAGAGCUCGGGGGGCCGCUCAAGGUGCUGGCUGGUGCGGCUAACGGGGCGCGGGAACACAACGUGGACUCUGCGGUGGUGUGGGUGCGCGUCAACCCGGACCUGGACGUUCUUGCCGAGCUGCACGUUCAUCAGACGGAGCAUAUGUGGAUUGCCCAGCUGGAGAAGGACCGAGACGUGGUGGCUCAGGUGGAGGCGAUCACGGCGCUCGGGGCUCUGCCCCGGCCGACCUUCGCAGCCAUGAAUGCGCUCAACAAUUGCUUGGCAGACGGCCGGGUGUACUGCCACGUGAGAGCGGAGGCGGCCAGAGCCCUCGGUCGAACGGCCAAGGAGAGCACCAACUGGGCGGGGCUGGACAUGCUGCUCAAGUUUUACCGCAGCCGGCGGUACGACCCGGACGUCGAGCAGCCAAAGCCAAACGACUUUUCCGACUUCCGGGACUACUUCGUGGAUCAGGCCAUCCCUGGGGCCGUGGCUUCCGUGCGCGGGAGUGACGGCUUCUCGCCGCUCGAGGCGGUCGAGUUCUUGCUAGAAGUGCUCAAGUACAACGACAAUAGUGCCAACGCUUUCUCCGACGGCAACUGGUUGGCGGUUGUCAUUGAGGCCGUUGGCGCGGCCAAGUACAGUCCGCAGACGCGCACGCAGCACUUGCCCAAACUCCUGAAACAGCUCGACAAACACCUCCAGUACGACCGGUUGCUCCCCAGCCACGGCCACGUGGUGACUAUUAGCUGUCUCCGCACGCUCGCCAGGCUGGCGUGCCAAAUGCCGCGGGACGAAACCCUAAAGGAGCGCCUUCAGGUGUUGUUGCUGCAGCACACGUCGGCCCGCCACGUGUACAAGGUCCGCGUGGCCGCGUUCCGCUCGCUCAUGGACCUGGAGCACCGCUGGGACGGGCCUACCGCAGCCCUCCACGUGGCACUCAAGGUGGCCGACAACCGCGAGCCAGCCAAAGAGGACUCAGCCCAAUCCGCGACUUCCAAGAUUUUGGCGCGGACUGAUCGGGGCUUCGGAGCUCCUUUUUGCGCAGUCGUGACGAAGCUGCUGACGUACGCCAGCCGGCUGUGGGCCUCGCAUAAGGGGGUGGCUACCCCUGAGGGCGGCGCGGUGGCGGGGGGUGGCCGGUUGCAAGGCCUGGUGACCAGCAGGCGGGGCUGGCGGGACGUGCGCCUCCGACACGUGGCCUUCAUGCUGGACCAACAGAUGCACGGCAGGCCCGCCACCCUGUUCCGCAUGUACACCACGCACGGCAUCGACCUCCCACAACCAGAAGCCCCCCCCUCAGAAGCUCAGGCGGCGGCCCCCCCUUCCGGGAAAGAGGAGGGCCACGUGCCCCUGCUUGUUCGGAUUCGGCGGGCCGGCUCCGAGAGCGUGGCAGAGCCCACCAAGACGGACGGAACCAAAAUUUUCGUGCGGCUCCCCAGGCCGGGGGGCAUGGCCGCCCCUUCCGCCACACAAGACAGCCUGAAGGUCCGUCUGAAGCUGUCCCACGGCCCGCUGCGCUCCUCCCAGCUGGGUCCUGACGCGUCCGAGGGCGCCGGGACGUCCGUCCGGCAGGCCGUCGAGCGUCCGGAGGCAACGGAGAGAAGCAGCCAACCCGAGGCCGGCCCCGGUCACAUGGACGAGGCACACCAAGAGGCGUCCACGCCCCUGCGAAGCGCCUCGGUGGAAGGAGAACCGGGCGAAGGGGGCCCGCCCCGGCCCCACAUCGAAUUACCGCGGCCGGGCGCCCGCAAGUUCCGCUCCGCGACAGCGCGAGUCCCACGCACGCUGUCUCUGGUGCCGAUUGCGAACUUGGUGGAAACGGAGGCGGGGGGGCCGAGCGAAGGGGAAGGGGCACCCCCUGACACGGAGGACGGCAGCAUGGAAGUUCUAGAGGUACCCGCUAUGGCAGUGCAGAGUGAGGGGAAGCUUAGAGAGUUGUCUUCGGAGGGGGUGCCGGGGGAUGCGGCGUUGGCGGAACUGGCGGCAAAGGAGGCGGCAAUGCGCGAGCGGAUGGCGCAGAUCGAAGCAAUGCUGGCGGCGGAAAAUGGAAACGACAGCAGGGGGGUUGCCGAGGUUGGAGAGGAGCGGAACGAGCCGAAGGAAGAAGGAGAGAUAGAGGAGGAAGAAGGGGAGAUUCGGGCCGCGAAAGGAAGCGGGGACGGAGAGAAAGUUCUUCAGAAGAAGAGCGAAGGGGAGGGGGUGCCGGCCAAACGGGAAGGGGAACAAAAAAGGACAGAGGCACAGGGCGAGCGUGGAGCGAGGGUGCAUAAAGGGGACGAGAAGGAGAGGUUGAAGAAGCAGAAGAAGGGAAAAGGCAAGAAGAAGGGUGACAAGAAGAGGGGCGAAGGAGUCGAAAACAAGGGGCUGAAGCAGGGUGAGGGAGGCACGGUACCUGAAACGAAAGCAGAAGGCCGGGUGGAGACUGUGGUUCUGGAACCGUCCGAGGAAGGCGAGAUCAAGUCGCCGAAGGGCUUAGGAGACGAGGUUGCAGCGCAGAAGCGCAGCAAGGACGCGCCGGGGCGGGUGUUGACAAUCGCGGACGAAGAAGAGGAAGGAGAGGUCAGGGUUGAAGGGGAAAGUCGAUUGCCCGUUCGCAAAGAUGUCGAAAGGUCGUUCAAGGGGCCAAGAUUGAAAGAAAAGAAGGGGGCGCCCGUCGAGGGGCCAGAACUGGGGGAAGGAACGGGGGCGCCGAUUGUGCCUGUGAAGAUCACUGGGCAGGUUGAGGGGGGCAAGAAAAAGAGCGGGCUGAAAUUGAGCCUUGGGAAGGGAGCGCUUUCAGAGAAGGACGUUGAGAGACUUAAAAUGGUCAGGGGUCUAGUUCCUCUUCGCAAAGAUAUUGGGAAAUUCGUCGAGGGGCCAAAGCCGAGGGAAGAAAAAGGGGCCCCAACCGCUCUUGUGAAAGGUACUGGGCAGGCUGAGGGCGUCAAAAAAAAGAGUGGGCUGAAAUUGAACCUUGAAAAGGGAGCAAUUUUGAAGACGGUUAACGAGGGGCAAGGACCGGACGCCACUCCUGUCAAACGAGAGAAAGCCGCAGACAUCGGUGUGAUUGCAGUAACUCCCAAGGCGGAGUUACUGCCAACGAAGGAAGCACCCGCAAAGGCACCCGGCUUCAAGCUGAAGCUGAAGCUGAAAGGAGUGGUAGUUGGGGACAAAGGGCCCCCCGGGAAGGGUGUGACGCCGACGGAAAGUGCGCGGCCGAGCCCGGGGGUCGACUCGCAGGGGAGGCUUUGGAAGGGCGUCAAGACGGAGACGGAGCAGCCGCCGGCCGAGGCCCAGACCCCGUCCGCUCGCAAAGGCCCUGAGAGCAGCGAUGAUGAGAAGCGUAGGGACAAGCUCAAGGGGAUGAGCGACGAGGAGUACCAGCGGAUGAAGGCGGCGAAAAAGGAGGAUAAGCGGAGGCGAAAGGAGGAGAGGAGACGACGGAAGAGCCUGGGGGCGGGGGAGGCGGAGGCCGCAGCAAGGGGCGCUGCAGAAAAUGAAGAAAGGGCAUCGCUGAAUAAAAAGAAAUCAACGGCGGAGGAUGUGAGGAAGAGCGAAGAAAGGGCGGCAGAAGAUGAGCGGCCUGGGGCGACCGGUGGUGACGUCACUGCCGAUGGUUUGCGUGCAUCGGAGCUCCAAGCCGGAGGGGAAACACCACGGGUGAGAGUCAAGCGGGAAGCAGAGGCAAGGGCCGGGGAGGAGGGUGCGGCGGGGACUGAGCGCGGGGAACACGUGGCAGACGCUGGAGUGCUCGCGAGCACAACAGGAGGUAGCGUUCUCGGAAAGAGGGGAAGGGAUGGGGGCGUGGGCUCGGGGAGUCACUUCGGGAAGCUGACGUCAGAUAUUGACGAGCUGGAAGCGGAAAUCGGGGACGUGAUUCCGUCACCGGCGAAGGAGGAACGGAAGCGGCGGCGGAUGCGUGAAGGAAGCGCCGGGGGCGGAACAGGAGCGGAAGUUGGGUUUGCGAACGUGGGCGAACGCGUUUUGGGCGACUUGGAUGACUUGGAAGGGCCGCAGGCGCGGGGGCUGGGGUCGCCGGACGAGGCGGAGAAGAAAAAGCAGGAGCGGUUGCGGAGAGUGAAGGAGAUGCUGGGCAAGAAAAGAGGGGCAGGAGGGGUAGAGAUGGAAGCAAGAAUUGGCGGGGAAGAAGGCCGAGCGAAGGAAAAGAUGGGGAAGGGGAACAGUGGGGGACCGAUGGAGGCGAGGGGAGGGGCUGCGGAGACGGCCUUUGGGUUCAGCCGCGAGUGGAAGGUGAGGGAGGCGAAGGGUGCUUCAGGGAAGUCACAGGGAGAGAAAAAUGAGAGCACGGAAGGAGGCGGUUUGCGGGACGGGCAGUGGGAGGAUGAUGCGGAGAAGCGGGCAAAGGUGAGCGGAGACAAGAGGGAAAAGAUUUCAGCGGCAGAGCUAAAGGCAGGAGCGCAACCACGGGAAGCGCCGCAGAUCGAUCGGAUACGGAUCAAAAAAGAGAGGGGCACGGAAGAGCGAUUGAAGCGGGUAAAAGACGAGCGAGGCGGAGAAGUAUUGACACUAGACGGUGACAGGGGAACUAAAGGGGCUUCUCUCGAGGGCGCUAGAGGUUUGGAGGAUCAGGCAGAGCCUAUUGACACGGGACAGUACGGGGCAGAGGGCGUCGAGAAAGAGGGGGAGAAACGGGAGGGGGAGAGGAAGCGGAAGAAAAACCGGGACGAGAAGCGGGGGUCGAAGCCCAAAAAGAGGAUGAAGUCGUUGGACGCUUUGCUGGAGGAGGAAGCGAGUCGUCCGAAACCGGAGGUUGAAAUGGGCCCAGUGAAGAUGGAAGCGGGUCAAGAAUAUAGCAGCGCUGAUCAGUGGCAGCACUGA